AUGCCAGAAAUAAGAAGUAUAUUAUUGAUAGGAAAAGCCGGCAACGGAAAGUCUACCUUGGCGAAUGUUAUUACUGGAACCGAUGGAUUUAAUGAAAGUACAAGCCGGGUUCGCGGAACCAAGAAAGUAAAAUCUUUGGUAUUUGAACACGAAGGGAUAAAAUAUCGCAUUUUUGAUACUGUGGGAAUUGGAGAUCCAAUCAAGCCAAUAGAAGAAAUAUUAAGUACAUUGGGAGAUGAAGCUGAUAUCAUUAGUGAAGGUUUAAAUCAAAUAUUAUUUGUAACAAGAGGCCGUUUUACCAGGGAGGAAGUUGAGGCUUUUAAAUUGCUGAAGAAUAUCAUUUUUGAUGAACAAGUAGCUGAUUAUACGACUAUUAUUUGCACUGACUUUCAGGAGUUCGAAGAUGAUGAAGCCUGUGAAAAAGACCGCCAAUCAUUUCGAAAGGAAAUUGCAAAUCUUUCUACCGAACUUGCUUCAACUAAGAUUAUCUACGUAGACAAUCUGCCAUUAAAAGGUCAUUAUAAGUUAAUGGAAUCAAUUGUAAAAGGUUCACGAGAAGCAUCUCGCAUAAUAUUACUAGAACACUUGAAAACUUGUCAGGAAAUUUACCGGCCUGGACUGCUUGCCAAAUUUAGUCAAAUGAUUGGUGAAUUCAAUACAAUUAUAGAAGAUAUUAAUGAAGCGAUUAAUAUUACCGAUUCCCUAUUUAUUAAAAGCUCUUCUUGUUUAAGUGAACUCAUUCCCGAACGAGAAGGAAUAAUCAAGGUGACUGAAGAAAUCAGAAAAAGAGUAAAAGAAGAUAUGAAAAAUCGAUCUAUCGCUAGUACUAUUGGUCAUAGUGUUAUAUUGACUGGUAAAGCUUUGGUAAUUGCGGGAAUAUGGUUCCCACUCGUUUUGGUGCCAGGUGCUAUUCUAUCGGCUGGUGGUUUGUUGAGUGCCACUAGCACUGAUUCUAUUGCAAUAGUAAAGGAGAAUGAAGCAUACAAAUUAUUCGAAGAAAGCCUUAUUAAAGAUAAAGAAAAAUGCGAAACAUUAGAAAAUUUCCAAAUAGAAUUAAAAAAUUCCUUUACUAGAUUUAAAGAUAUAUGUCCUCGUUUCAAGGAUUCAAAAUACAAGAAGCAAAAAAUUAAUAGAAAAAAAAUUGACGUAAUUAAAAACGUAUUAGAAAAAAUGACGGGUGAAGAAAUUGAAACAGACGUAACCUUACGAAAAGUCGAAGAAGCUAGUCAUUCUUCUGGCCUAAAAGCAGGAAGAGCCGCUCUAGAAGCUAUUUGUAAACUUGUACCUUCUCCUCUAUAA